AUGAGCGACAGCGAGCUGAAGUCCUCCAAUGAGGCGUUCUCGACCUUUGACCAUGAUGAGCAGAAUGAUCCGUACUGUGGAAUGUCCGCAGAAGAGAGAGAGAUAGAGGAGCGUAGACUUCUGUGGAAGCUGGAUAUUCAACUCAUCCCAUGGCUUUGCCUGUUGUAUUUGAUAUGCUUCCUUGAUCGAACCAAUAUCGGAAACGCCAAGAUAGCCCACCUUGCUGAGGACAUCCCGAUGACGACGAGCGAGUUCAAUGCUACAUUGACCAUAUUCUUUGUCGGAUAUGCUGCGUUUGAGGUUCUUGCCAACUUCCUUCUCAAAAGAUUUCGACCGUCAAUAUUUAUACCGUCUACAAUGGUUCUCUGGGGUGCCUGCAUGCUGUCCAUGGGUUUUGUGACCUCUUGGUCAGGCUUGAUGGCAACUCGCUGGUGGCUUGGAGUCACGGAGGCUGGUCUGUUCCCUGGUGUCAACUACUAUCUCUCCUGCUGGUACAAACGCAGCGAGUUCGGUGUCCGCGCUGCCAUAUUCUUCUCUGCAGCGGCCAUAGCGGGUUCCUUUGGCGGCCUCUUGGCAGCGGCAAUCCAGACUAUGGACGGCGUGGCUAAUUACGCUGGCUGGCGCUGGAUCUUCAUCAUUGAGGGGGCCAUCACCGUUGUAAUUGGGAUUGCGUCGUACUGGAUGGUGCACGAUUUCCCCGAUGAAGCCAAGUUCCUGAACGAAGAUGACCGAGCACGGGUGUUACUGCGGCUGAAGGAAGACAAGCAGAGCUCUGCGGAACACGAGGACUUCAAGAUAGACUUCCUGUGGGCCGCUCUCAAGGACUGGAAGAUGUACGUGGGAAUGCUCAUCUACAUGGGGCCUCUCAUGCCGCUUUACUCGUUCAGCCUCUUCCUGCCCACGAUCAUCCAGAACAUGAGCUUCACGGGACCCGAGGAUAUUAUCAAGAACCAGCUCCUGAGCGUGCCACCCUACGUUCUGGCGGCGCUCCUGACCGUCGUGGUCGGAUUCUGGUCGGAUAGGAUACAGCGCCGGGGCAUCUUCAACAUCUGCUGCGCUCCCGUCAGCAUCCUGGGCUUCGUCAUGCUCAUCUGCACGACGGACCCCAUGGUACAGUACGCGGGGACGUUUCUAGGCGCGAUGGGCAUCUACCCGGCCAUAUCGCUCACCAUUGCCUGGAUAGCCAAUAAUGUAGAGGGGGUCUACAAGAGAGGCAUUGUCCUGGGGUUCGUGAUCGGAUGGGGCAACUUGAAUGGCGUGGUGAGCAGCAACAUCUACUUCAACGCACCGCGGUUCUUCGAGGGCCACGCCGUCAUCAUCGCGUACCUGUUUAUCUGUAUCUUCGGAGGCAGUAUCCUAAUGACGGUACUACUAUCUCGCGAGAACAGGAGACGUAGCAAGGGACUGAGAGAUGAGUGGGUUGAGGGCAAGUCGGCUCAAGAGAUCGAGACUCUUGGCGACAACCGUCCCGACUUUUUCUACACCCUCUGA